CCCCCACAGUCUUAUUGAUCACGUCACACCAAGAUGGCGGACGAAGUGAGCGUGAGUCAGAGUGAUAAAACUGUCCUUGAAAGCAUUUUUAGCCCAUUUUUACCGUUAGGAACCGCAGAUGAUAAUGAUGAGAUCCAAGAAUCCUCCCAAGAACGGGAUGUUAACAGCGAAAGAGCUAAAGAGUACGAAAGAUCUGGAGUGGAGAAGGCGGAAUCUGGUGGUCUGGAUGAAGCACUAGAGUGCUUUAACCGGGCUAUUGAAGUAGCACCAUCUCGUGCAUCUGGUUAUAAUAAUAGAGCUCAGCUUUGGAGAUUAAAAGGUGAUAUUAAAAAUGCAAUGAAUGAUCUGAACAAGGCAAUUGAACUUGACGACCAUGGUUCAGCAGCAGCUCAAGCCCACACUCAACGAGGGUUGAUCCACAAAUUACAAGGUGAUGACGAACAAGCUCUUCUCGAUUUUCAGGCAGGAGCAAAGCUUGGCAAUAAGUUUGCAAAAUCAAUGGCAAUACAAUGCAACCCUUAUGCUGCAAUGUGUAACAAGAUGCUUGCAGAGGCAAUUGGAAAACUCCAGGAGUAUAAUCCUGAAUAGUUCGGACAAUCCAACUAAGCAUGAAAUCAAGAUGAAGAGACACUAAACAAUCAUAUUUAAAAGGGACUACAAAAUGUGCCCAAGGCAGUAUUGAAGUGACAUGUAUUUUAUUUGGGUUAGUAGGGGGCUCUGAAUUAAAUUACCCUAUUAUCCAGUCUUCUAUCUAGCCACUAUUAGUGCAAUCUCAUACCUAGAAUUCUCAAGUGCUUUCCUGCUUUCCUGCGCCUUCUUCAGCAACAGCCCACUUACAAAAAAUCUAAGGACCCUUGGUUUGAGAUCACUAUUAGUGUUGUGACGCAAGAAACAAAUUUUAAAAAAUAUUUAUUUAUACAGGGUAGCCCACUCAGCUCAAAAGGUAUAGUUUCUACCAUAAUAAAAAUAAAUAAAUGAAUAAAUAAAUAGGAUUUAGCAGUGGCA